GAGAGAGAGCGCAACAGUAGCUGCAAUUCAAUGAGAAGGCUGACAGCAUCUCUGUCUUUUAGAGGUGCAAAUGAAAGAAAGGAUGAAAGGAGGCAAGAAGCACAGUUGAAUAGGAAGGAAUCAGCACAGGAGUCCGCAGCACCAGAGCUGAGCUGAGCUGCAACCGAAAAACAGCCACCCGCUGCUCAGAGUUGCACAGUCAGAGUCUUGUUGCUGCCUGCUGAGAAAGAAGACCAGGCUUAAAGGACAGCAUCACAACCUCUUGCCCUUGGCCUUUGGGAUCCUGUAGCCAUUGUCACACAUGGCUUCCACAUCAGCACUUCAAAGUCAGAGGCACCAUGAAUCCGUGCAGCUCUGGGAUUCUGUGGCUCUUUGGUAGUUCCAAACUGAGCGAUGACGGCCAACCUUCUUCCUAGAGAAGAGAAACCACAGACUCCUAAGUGGCUUGAGUCCAGCCAUUGUUCCUCCUCACCUUUCCAAGAGGGCCCCGCCUACACCAGGACAGCAGCACAUGGGAAAUUAAGCAAGGGGAGCCAUUGAACCCUGCAAAAGUCACAUUUUGUUUAUAAAUGCUCCUGUCAAAGGACACCUCAGUGACUCCAGGAGAAGACCAUUUCAAUGCUCGACAGGUGGAGUCACUGGAAACAACAUUUAUGAGCCUGAUUAUAUAUUUUUUCUGGAGUGACAGAAAACUUCUCUAAGAGACCUAUGUCUCCAGCUAACACAAGGUAAAAAAAAAGGAACACAUUGUCUCUUAAUUCAAGCUCAAGAUAUGUAAUGCUCAACAAACAUGGGUAAAAACCACCAGCUUUAUUUACAUAUAUUAUCUCCAUAGACCAAAGUGGUCACAUGUGCAUGUAUGCAGGUAAAUGUAUUUCUUUCCUCUUCUUCAUCCUCUUACAGUAAAAAGUUUUUUUGGCAGCUAAAUAAAACUACUAGAAAUCAUCAACUUUUGGCCCAUUUACAGCCCUUUUUUGGCACAUUGUUCUCCCAUAGGUGCCUCAAGAGCAGGACAAAUAGGGGUUCAAUGUCCUCCCUUCCUCCCAGUCAGAAUGUAGCAGGCUUUCUGUAUUGGUGGCUCCCAUUUGCUGGGCUGCAUCCCUGCCCACUGCUCUCCCCAUCCUGAUUGGCCUUCCCUCUGCCAUGUAGCCUCUAGCUUGCCAAAAUGAAUGCCCACUGUGUCCAGCUGGGAGGAGAGCAGCUUGCACCCCACUGCUGCCCUGCCAUGAUACUGAGCCCUUUCCUUGUGGCAGUGGUGGUGGUCUUUGCCAGUGCAGUCACCGGCUGCCCGGUCCUGUGCACAUGCCGCAGCCAGGUUGUGGAUUGCAGUGGGCUUCGGCUCUUUUCGGUGCCGCCAGACCUUCCAUUGGACACCAGGAACCUGAGCCUGGCUCACAACCGCAUCGCUACCAUUCCUCCCGGAUACCUGACCUGCUAUUCCGAGCUGAGGGUGUUGGACUUGCGGAACAACUCCCUCGUUGAGUUGCCCGCUGGACUCUUUUUGGCAUCCAAGCGCCUCUCCCACUUGGACUUGAGCUACAACAACUUGACUCACCUGGUGGCUGACAUGUUCCAAGAGGCCUACAACCUGGUGCACAUUGACUUGAGCCACAAUCCCUGGCUGAGGAAGGUGCACCCCCAGGCUUUCCGAGGCUUGGUCCAACUGCGUGACCUUGAUCUCAGCUAUGGGGGCCUGUCUUUCCUCAGCCUUGAAGUCCUGGAGGGUCUCACAGGCCUGGUGACUCUUCAGAUUGGAGGCAAUCCCUGGGUGUGUGGUUGCACCAUGGAGCCACUGCUGAAGUGGUUGAGAAAUAGGAUCCAGCCAUGCAUGUCAGAUACUGAGUUGGCGGAGUGCCGGGAGCCACCCGAAGUGGAGGGAGCCCCUUUGUUUUCACUGACGGAGGAGAGCUUCAAGGCCUGCCACCUGACCUUGACACUGGAUGACUAUCUCUUCAUUGCCUUUGUGGGCUUUGUCGUCUCCAUUGCUUCUGUGGCCACCAAUUUCCUGCUGGGCAUCACUGCCAAUUGCUGCCACCGCUGGAGCAAGGCGAGUGAGGAUGAGGAGAUGUAGCCACAGGGCCUGCUCCUUCCUGCUGCUCCUGCGCCGCCCACUGCCAGGGGGGAGCCAAGGGCUAUCAAGUUCAGGGAAAGCGAAGUGACUUGUCUUUUCCCUACUGUGCCAUUUCCUUGGGCCUACCCCCGAACCACCAACCCCUGUACAACAGCAGCAGACUGCCGCUCGCCAGUCUUUCUUAGGGCUCAUUCAGACUUCCUUUCAUGCUGUGUUUCUAGGCACAAUCCACACUUCAAAGAGCUGUGUCCAAGUGUUCCAACCACCACCACCGAAAACCAGAGCAAAUGGCAAUCUGCAGAAAAUCUGAAUUGCCAAUUCAGGCAACCAACCAACCAACCGAGUUAUCCAGCCUGUGCUUGAAGAGCAGAUUUUCAAAGGGGAGGGGGGAAAGUGCUUGGACAUAGCACUCUAAAGUGCAGACCUAUGCCUGGAAAGCACAGGGUGAAAGGUAAGUGUGACUGGGCCCUUACUAGCUACAGGGGAUGGGGCCAGCCAGGGUAGGGAGAUCGAAGUGUGCCUUGUACAAUCCUCUUCGCACUGGAAACAGCCAGCAAGCCAUGUCCUGGAAAACGACCGAAAGACAUUGAUAGACACUCAAACCAUUCGCCAUCCUUUGCUUUCCUCAUCUCUCAUGCUUUGUAGCACCUUUCUGAGUCAAUGCCUUGAAUGCACGGCUGUAGCAUAAACACACUUUUGCACAUGCACAUCACACUGACUGGCCUGGAAAAAUCAAAGGUUUCCUCUUCGGAGGUCUGAAGCACUCUGUCUCUCGAACCAUCCCAUCCCAUCAUUGCGUGCAUUCUUUCCCAAGUGUGGAAGAACUUUGUUUUUAAAAACCAUUUUUAACAAGUCCCAGUGGCCCAGUCUCUCAAUCUAUUCAUAUAUGCAGCAGUGCCAUCAAGCUCCCCAAGCAGAUUUUGGAGACCCC